AUGGGACAAAGGCCUUCGGUGCAGGCCGUUCCUGUGCUGUCUGUCGCCCAGAGGUCCACCUGCGCUCUGUCCCAUGAUAUACACACACCUGUCAACAUCCAGGUCAUGAAAAACCGCGGGCUUUUUGGCCUCAAUGAAGCGCAGCUUCGAAUCCUGCUUUUACAGAAUGACCCCUGCCUUUUCCCAGAGGUCUGUCUGCUGUACAACAAAGGUGGUGAUGUCCUUUAUGGCUACUGCAACCUGAAGGAUAAAUGCAACAAGUUUCACGUGUGCAAAUCCUUUGUCCGGGGUGAAUGUACACUUCAGACCUGCAAGCGGUCCCACAAGCUCAUUCAAGCUACCACCCUGAAGUUGAUAGAGGACCAAGAACUGAGUGCUUCAAGUGUGGUGAAUUUCCAGAUAAUCUCUGUCUACAAGCAUAUGAAGAUGCACAAGAUGCUUGAAGAUAAAGACAGCACGGCCUCUGCUGAGCACUCACAAGGCAAUGAGAAGCAAGGGACCCCUGGGGCUGGGGCUGCAGAAGCCGGGACUCUUUCCUCUGCCCCUGCUCAAUUGCCCAAGAAAGCCCAGUAAACCUUACCGAGCAUAGAGGAAGUGAGAAGCAGCUUGUCCAUUUUGGAGGAUCAGAAGCAAGACUUCUCCUGAGCUGGAGUUUGUAGCCAUUCUCUUCCCUUACAUUGGCAAGUUUAAUGCCUGUCUCAGCCCUGAGUGUGAGAACCCGGGAUGGAAACGGAAACACACUGGUGGGUGGAUCGGCUGCGGACAAAGAGAGGGUAAAAUUCUGAACAUGGAGGUUCUGUCCAGGGCAGAUCCUGAAGGGGCAGUCUGCAGUUCCUGCGUGCCUUUCCAGCCACGGGAUGGAGCAGGUUCCUGCUGCCUUCUCCGUCUGCUGGCUCCAUUCUAGACCCCAUUCACACAGCUUACAUUGUAGACAACACAGAGUUUGCACACUCUGUGUAUUACUUGUUACUUGGGUUUAUAUAUAAUCCCUUUUCCGCAGAAUUGUUUAUGUAGUUAAAUUAUCUUCCUCAUUUUGAAAUAUCUCAUUUUGUAUCAGGUGCAUUUGUGUCUCGUUUUGUAUUGAGUUUGGAAGCCGUUUCAUGCCUUUGCUUGGCUUGCAGGUGCUCCACGAUACUAUCUUUUGCUGCACAUUUCUUUAAAUGUCUGUGUGGAUGAGCGGUCUCUUCUGCCUCUGCUUCGUGUGUAUCUAGAUUUUGUGAAUUUUCUGUUUGUUGCUGGGGUCCUCUGUGCCGUCAUCCAUACUGUGUUCAUGAUAUUCAACUUUAUGGGUCCAUCUCCAGUCAGUAUCAUAGUUAAUAAUCUUUGGGCUCUCACCAGAGUUUCCUACCUCACCCCCACCUCCUCUCAUCUCUUACUGAGCCUUCCAGAGCUCAGUUGCUGUCUCCUGAAGGAUGUGUAGUUCACUCCUUCCUCCAGUUCUGUCUGUCUCUUCUGUGGAUGGGGACAGACCAUCGGGGAGAUAAAUAUCUCCAUUUCAAGGUCACUCCCUUCAUCCUCCAGCCUCUCAGUCCCCACUCAUUGUACCGAUUUCAUCAUGUGAUUUGCAGAUAUUUGUUGUGGUCAUGUACCUCAGUAUCAUUGUGUAAAGAGAAGGGUUUGUGUUUCCAUAAUAUGACAUUUGAAAAAUAGGGCAACUUAGUGAGUUCCCAUAACGUCAAACUUACCUUAUUUAGAGAAACUUUUUUUUCUUUUAUUUUCCUUACAGUGCUAAGGAUC